AUGUCAAGAAAGAUAUCCAAUGAUACGAACAAUUUCUAUAAUUCAAAUUCACAAUUUCAAAAUCUGAUUGAUCUGAUAUCUUCACCAAUUUAUCAUGAUAAACGUCAAAGUUAUUUUAAUAAAAGUGCUGCCAGUCAUUUACCAAAUUUACCUCAUACAAAUUCAUAUAAAGAUGAUGACGACGGAGAAGAAGAACUAGAAGAAAAUGUAAAUAAACUAGAACAUAAACAUAAUAAUAGUGGGAACUUUAUUGAAUUUGAUCUAUCUAAUAAAUAUACCAAUACCGUAACAGAGAAAAUAUAUUCAAAUUCAAAUAUACCAACACCAAAAGACGAAGAAGAAGAACCAAUUCCAGAACCAAUUCCAGAACCGAAUAAAGAACCAGUCGAAGAAGCCAAGAAUAAUAAGGAGGAAAAAGAGGAGGAUUUUUUCAACACUAGGAAUUUAUCAAACUGGAAACCAGUUAAAGAGAUUUCAGAAAUGCAAUAUAAUGAAGAUAAAAAUGAAUUUAAUUAUAGUUCAGAAUCAGAAGAAGAAGUAAUAGAUGAAGAACAUGAUUAUAUGGGAUAUACUAAAUUAGAUACAGAAGAACAAUCAAAUAAAUAUUUUGCGUUGGAUAAAAAAACUGAUUUUUUAUUCAAUCCUAAACGGAAAAUAAAGGAGACUAAUAAAGCAUCUCAAGAUGUAAUUUUUGAUUCUGAGGCUAUUUAUAACAAUGAUUCAGAUUCAGAUGAUGAAAAUUAUACAGAAACUAAAAACAUGUUAACAGAUUCUCAAAAAUUUGCAUAUUUAGGAAUUUCAAAAUUAUUAACAGUUGAUAUGGCUACUGAUUUAGCUAAAAUUCAAUUUGGCACAAGUUCAAAAGUUGCUAAAUUUUUUAACAAUGGUCAAAAGAAUUUUUCAAAUUGGACAAUGUAUGUAAUGUUAAAAUUAUAUGAACAUUUAAAUGUACAAGGUGAAGAGAAAAAUAUGAUUGAAAAUUUAAGUAAACAUGGAGUUGAAACUAAAGAUUUAUCAAGUAGUUUAAUGGAGAUUGGAAUAAAUGCAAAAUUAGAAAAUAAUGAAUAUAUCGAAGAUGAAAGUUUUGAUUUAAGAUGGGUUGUUUUAUGUGAUUUAUUUAUUGUAUUAAUUAGUGAUGGUUAUUAUGAUUCAAGAUCUCGAUCAUUAUUAAUGAAUUUUGCAAAGAUACUUAAAAUCCCCCAUAUUGAAAUUUUACAAUUUGAAAGAAGAUUAAUUGAAACUUUAGAUAUGGAAAUUAAAGAAAAAUCAAUGGAAAAUAAAGAUGAUAUGUUAAAUGAUCAAAGUUUUGUUAAACAACAAAUCAAAAAAAAUAGAAAUAAAAGAUUAGCAUAUAUUGGAUUAGCUGCAAUUGGAGGUUCAUUAGGUAUGUAAGGAUUCAAGUAUAUAAUGACGAUGCAAUACUAACAUUUUAUUUUCAGCUAUUGGUUUAACUGCUGGUUUAUUAGCUCCUGUUAUUGGAGCAGGUAUUGCUGCUGGAUUAACAACAAUUGGUAUUACUGGUACUUCUAGUUUUUUAGCUGGUGUUGGUGGUGGUGCAUUAAUAACAACAACUGGAGUUGCCAUAGGUGCACAAGUUGGUUCAAAAGCAGGUUCAAGAAGAGCUGGUGAAGUUCAUACAUUUGAAUUUAAACCUUUACAUAAUAAUAAAAGAUGUAAUUUAAUUCUAACUGUUUCUGGUUGGAAAAUGGGAAAAUUUGAUGAUGUUAGAUUACCCUUUUCAACAGUUGAUCCAGUAAUGGGAGAUAUUUUUUCAUUAUUAUGGGAACCUGAAAUGUUAGAAUCAAUGGGUCAAACAAUUGGUAUAUUAGCAAGUGAAGCAUUAAGUACAUCAAUUCAACAAAUUUUAGGUGCAACUAUUUUAACUGCAUUAAUGUCAGCAAUUCAAAUACCAAUGGCAUUAUCUAAAUUAUCAUAUUUAUUAGAUAAUCCAUGGAAUGUAUCAUUAGAUAGAGCAUGGAAAGCAGGGAAAUUAUUAGCAAAGACUAUAUUAUCUGGAAAUUUAGGUGUUCGACCAAUUACAUUAGUUGGAUUUUCUCUAGGUGCAAGAUUAAUAUAUUCAUGUUUAAUUGAAAUGUCAAAAAGAGGUGGGUAUGGAUUAAUUGAAAAUGUGAUUAUACUUGGAUCUCCAGUUUCAAUUAAAAAUGAUCAAUUAGCAGAAGCAAGAUCAAUGGUUAGUGGGCGAUUUAUAAAUGGGUAUUCAAGAAAAGAUUGGAUUUUGGGAUAUUUAUUUAGAGCUACAGGAGGUGGAGUAUCAACAGUUGCUGGUUUAUCACCAUUGGAAAAAGUAUAUGGAAUUGAAAAUGUUGAUUGUACAGAUUUAGUUGAAGGUCAUAUGAGUUAUUUAAAAGCGAUACCGAAAAUACUUAAAAGAUUAGAUUGGGAAGUAUUACGUGAGGAGCUAGGUGAAGUUGAAGAACUAGAUCCAGAACAAGGAGAAAGACAUCGUCAAUUAUUAGAAGAAUUUGAUGAAGCAAGAGCAAAAUUAGAAGUUGAGGAACAAUAUUAUAAACCAAAAGGUUGGAAAAAAUGGUUUAAACCCAAAAAGAAAGAAUGGUGGGACAUAUACAGUAAUACUAAUGAAAAAGAUGAUAAAGGCGAUGAAAUUAAAGAAUAUGAUGUUGAGGAAAGUGAACCACCUGCAAUAUUUGAUGUUGAUGCUUUAGUUCAAGAAGUUAAAGAUAUUGAAGAAAGUACAAAACAUGCAAGUAAUGAGACUACAAAUGUAAUGAAAUAG